UCGAGUCACGUUAUUGUAGGGUUGAGAGAGUAGGGUGCUUCUCACUAAACAGUGACGGAAUUCUGAUAUAAUUCCUGGCUUAUACUGUGCUGAAGAUAAUGAAGAAGCAGCUUUUCGAGCACGGUGAAGCAUGGUGAUUUGUUCUACUUUAUUUCUACACCUUUUCAAUCGUUAAUACACUGCAGAGGCUUGGAAGGAAGAAGCGAGGCCCCGCCAGUGGGGGGUGGUGCUUUUCGUUGUUACCCCGAGGGUAGCUGUUUUUAACUGUGCGACUCCGCACAGACCUCACUUUAUCUGAGGGAGGGGAUCUGGUAGUUUAGUCGGGAAUGAUUCAAGGGGAAGCGACAGCAAUGCCAGUCCCUGAAAGCGAGGGCAAGCAGGAGCUUUACAACCAAAAUAAGACUCAUGCCGCUGUGAAGGGGAACUCGAAACACUGGCAGUACAGUGAUCACAUGGAGAGCAUCUGUGGCUACCUGAUGAAAUACACCAACCUGGUCACAGGCUGGCAGUAUCGAUUUUUCGUCUUGGACAAUGAGGCAGGGAUGCUGGAAUACUUUGUGAAUGAGCAGUCCAGAGCUCAGAAGCCCCGGGGAACAUUGCCGCUGGCCGGGGCUGUCAUCUCCCCCAGCGAUGAGGACUCGCACACCUUCACUGUCAACGCCAUCAGCGGGGAGCAGUACAAGCUACGAGGUACAGAUGCAAAAGAACGACAGCACUGGGUUAGCAGGUUGCAGAUCUGCACACAGCAUCACACAGAAGCCCUAGGCAAGAGUAACCUCCCCUUGAAAUCUCGGAGUUUCUCAAUGGCAUUGCAGAGCAGCAGCGGUUCCCCCCUUUUACUGAGGAGAGCCAGUCAGAACGCUGCCUCCUUCAACGUGUCGCAACACAAAGGAUCGUCCUCCUCGAGCAGGAGGGCCCUGCAGCCAGACCACUUGAUGGCUGUGCGGGAGAUGAUGCUCCAGGCUGAAGCGCAGCACAGGGACCUGAUCCAGAUGAUAGAGAGCCUGCCUGCUUCUGGUGGGCUGGCUCCACUGGACCAGGACCUGCUCCUGCUCAAAGCCACAUCGAUGGCAACCAUGAACUGCCUUAAUGACUGCUUCCACAUUCUACAGCUCCAGCAAGCGGCCCAUCGGAAGUGCCCAAUCCCAGGGGCGACCAUCGAGUGGCUGGAGCCCAAGCUGCCUCUGUCGGAUCACCUGAAGAAUGGAAACACCCCCCAGGGCUUCUCUACCAGGGAGAGAAGCAGGUCGCCAGACAACUGUAUGGACCAGAUCAGCCCAGGGCCCUGCCACUUGAGUGCGGAACACGAGGACAUAGAUCCAGAGGAUGAGGUCAUGGAUUCCUUUGUUGACAAGGAGGAUGAACUGGGGCCCAUCGAGGAAGAGCGCAGCAUCAUUUUACACCUGCUGUCCCAGCUCAAGCUCGGCAUGGAUUUGACAAGAGUGGUUCUUCCUACCUUCAUCCUGGAGAAGCGUUCGCUGCUUGAAAUGUAUGCAGAUUUUAUGUCCCAUCCGGAUCUGUUUGUCACCAUCACUGAUGGGGCUAACCCCGAGGACCGGAUGAUCCGCUUCGUGGAGUAUUACCUCACAUCCUUCCACGAGGGGCGCAAGGGGGCCAUCGCCAAGAAACCCUACAACCCCAUCAUCGGGGAGACUUUCCACUGCUCCUGGAGGGUCCCUUCCCACAAGGGCAGCUCCUUGUCAUCCCAGGGCAGCCUGAACAAGGGAAAGGAGACCUCAGACUAUUAUCACGUCCGUUUCGUGGCAGAGCAGGUGUCCCAUCACCCCCCUGUUUCUGGGUUUUAUGCAGAGUGUGCGGAGAGGAGGAUGUGUGUAAACACCCACGUGUGGACGAAGAGCAAGUUCAUGGGGAUGUCUAUAGGAGUUUCUAUGAUCGGGGAAGGACUCUUGUGCCUGCAGGAGCAUGAGGAGGAGUACACCUUCACUCUGCCCAUUGCAUACGCUCGCUCCAUACUCACAGUGCCCUGGGUGGAGCUGGGAGGGAAGGUUAAUGUCAACUGUGCGAAAACUGGCUACUCUGCAGCCAUUACCUUCCAAACCAAACCCUUCUAUGGGGGCAAACUGCACAAAGUCACAGCUGAAGUGAAGCACAAUCCCACCAAUACAGUGGCUUGUAGGGUGCAGGGGGAAUGGAACGGCAUCCUUGAAUUCUCCUACAGCAGCGGGGAAACCAAAGUGGUGGACGUCACCAAACUCCCAGUGACGAAGAAGAGGGUGCGUCCCAACGAGAAGCAGGGAUCCUACGAGUCCAGACGACUGUGGCAACAUGUGACCGAGUCCUUGAGGGAAGGAAAUAUAGAGAAGGCAACAGAACACAAGCGACUGUUAGAGGAGAGACAGAGGGCCGAGGAGAGGCAUCGCGCGGAGACGGGGGCAGCAUGGUGCACCAGAUAUUUUCAGAGUGAGGGUGAAGGUUGGGUAUAUCACAAACCAUUGUGGAAAACGUCGGGAGCAUGUGUUUAAAUCUACUGACCCAAGAGUACAAUAAGACUAUUCUUUUGAAUGACUGCAUCAGGUUUUAAUUUAGCCAUAAGGUGUGGGUUUUGUUUAUUUUAAUUAUAACUAAAAAUGUUAACUCCCCUUUUUUCUCUUAGCAAGGCUGUACUGUGAAAGAGAAAACAAUGUUGCAGGGCACUUUUAAAUAUAAAUACAACACGACAGAGGUGCAUAUUUUAUAAUGAUUCGUAAAUACUUUUGUAUGUUCAAAUACUUAUUGUCUUCGAGUCAAUAUGUAUUCUUUUACAGCUUGUACGUUAGAAGAGGUACUUUACUGAUGCUGCCUUAAGAUAGGAUGGAUUUAGGUAGCUGCGAGCAAUGCUAGUGUCUUAGUUUUGUGUGAUGGACUGUGCUUGGAGAUUAGAGUUACCCUAUCAGGGAGUUUGAGCACACGAUGCGCCAUGUAUUAGGAGUGGAAAUGACCUGCGCAGUUUCUUUUCCACCCAAUAUAUCAAACCUUGAAAGAAAUGCCUGUCAUCGGCAAGCAAAUGACCUGAGAGAUUGUAUCGCAAAACAGGAUGCCUUCUCACUUUGCGAUCAAGGAUUAAAUAGCAGUUACUUUCAAACCUGACCUUUUUUUUUUUGUAUACUUUUUUUUUUUUUUUUUCCCGUCAUUACUGAAUCUCACUGAUGUCGAAAGACAUAAUCAAGAUGAGAGAUGUUUGCUGCCGAGGGAUAAACUCCAGCUGCUGUGUUAAACUGAACUCUGAGAUGACCACCUUCUUAAUACCAAGGGAGAGGAAAAGCAUAUUGUCAAAGCUUUUUUCAUUUUCCCCCACCACAUCCUUCCAAAUCCGUUUGGGAUCUGAUAAUAUCUUCAGCAUCAUGUUAGCUGUACUGGUGUAUUUAAAAAAAAAAAAACUUAAUGCUGAAAUGUACUUUUGUUUCAAAAGACUUAAUCAUAUUUUCUAUGAUUACAAAAUAUACAAUAAUGUUGUAUUAAUUCAGUUCAGUUAAUUCGAGAUGCUGAUGUAUUUUAGAACAGGUAUCCUUCUAAACUAAUUUAUUAAUCACCUGUUCCCUUUAUAAAAGCACUAAUACCCGUUAUGCGGGAAAUUAGCUGUAGUGUUGGAUAUAUUUGAGUAACCUCAACCCGUUACCCUCCCCCACCAAACCAAAACAGCCAGCUGUUGUCCGAUAUGUUGGGUCUUGCUGCUUUAAAAAAUGGCUUUUAAGAUCCUGCAGUUCAUUGCAUAAUUGACAGCUUCUGCUUUUGCUUUAAGAAACUAAAAACUAACCACCUCAGGAAGGUGGUCCCGAUUCUGAAUUAAACCUAUACUGUGUGAUCAAAGUACCUCUUGGUACCAUUAUGAAAAUUAAGGAUUUUAGUGUUCAAAAUUAACAGCAACAAGCGCACACUGGCUCUUAAAUUGAAAAUGUGGCGCGUAUUUGUUUUCUUUUUUGUUAACGCAAUUCACAACCCAGUCUUCAAAUGAGUUUAAUAGAUGUGAAGCUGAUUGGUCACAGAGGAGACCUGGAGGGGGUGUUCAGUUUGUACAGUGAGCCGUUUCUCAUGGGGGUGGGGGGGGGGGGGGAGGAGCUUCUUUAGCUCGCACAAGAAGAUGGUUUACAAUGUAUCGAUUUUCAUUGUAAUACGAUACAUUCAUCUCUCCAGCGUGGUGCCUUACGCCAUUUCUUCUUGCAUUAUGUCUUCCAGUCAGUGUAAGUAACAUAACCUAUCAACUACAGUACUGAGAAAAGUGGUAAGCCAGUCUAUUGUUUCAUCAUGGAAUAGGAACAAUAUGGCGUUGUGUGAUAUUUCAGAUAUAGCAUGAACAUCUGCUUAGAUCUGCAAACUUAAAAAAAAAAAAAAAAAAGUUUGUUUAUGUAAUGUAUUCCUGUUACCUUUGUAAAUAAGAUGCAAUUGAUGGACAUUGACUUUACAGAUAGAGUGGUUUUUUGCUCAUUACUGGGUAAAAGAACCGCUCUACACAUUUUGUGGAAUGCACUGAAACAAAUUGUAGUCUUAGAUAAGUGUGAAAAAUGAAUGACUAUAAAUAAAUAAAUAGAAAACA